GGAAAGAAGACACGGAAAACCUGCUCAAACGAAAACAAACAUUUGUGGUUCAUAGUUGGGGUGUAUUGAAGCCAGUAAACAUGCUGGCUGUCCUUGGGCCAUUCACAGGAUCAUGGUUUCAUGCCACAUGGGCCGGUGUCUUCAAGGCAUCUUCUUGGUGACUGGGGUCCUGUCUAUCGUCUCAAUCCUCUACGUCAACAACAUAAUAUCCCAUGGUGUAACUAUCAGGCCCACACAGAUUGCAGAUUCUAGGUCCAAGACGUCACAGGACAGUGAUAGCUGCGAGCGAUGUCUGAGACCGGUGUCAAGAGAUGGGGUGGAGGACCUCUUCUGCAUGGACCGACCUAAUUACUUGAAACAGCUGAAGAACCCAUGCUGGUUUGAGAAAUCCAAGCUUCGAUGUUUGCCAUACUUUCAUAUCCUGGGCUGUGCCAAGUGUGCUACGACUGACUUGAGCAGACGCAUCACCCUCCAUCCAGACAUCAUAAACCCUGAUGCACCGUUUGAUAAGGAAGCCUUAUGGUGGACUUGGAGGAAAUAUGGAUAUGUUGGUUACUCCCAUGCACGGAUACGUAAAUUUAGACAGUAUGUCAAAAUAUUUGACCCACUGGCUCACAAGCUGCAGACAUCGAUGAAGAGAAAAGAACAGAAUUAUUCCCACUUCAUCACAAUGGAUGGGUCUCCACCAGAUUUUUGGGAUUUUCGAGGUUGGCCGCUGUUGCCUCAGAACCAUGGCCACAGCGAACCAUGUGUCUACACCCCCCAGCUGAUGAAGCACAUCUAUGCAGACCCCAAGUUCAUCCUCAUCCUGAGGAACCCAACUGAUAGACUGUACUCGGACUACUUCUUCCUUCGUCAGGGUGACACACCUGAAGAUUUUCAUGAAGACGUGAAGAAAUCCCUGCAGACUUUUGCCAACUGCCAGAAGACUCACAGCAAGAAGCAGUGCUACUUCAGCGCCUCUGUCUACAAGAGACUGGAAACACGAAUUCACUUCGGUUGUUACAGUCUGUAUAUGAAGGAAUGGUUGAAAGCAUUUCCACUGCGACACUUCCUUAUCUUGAAGACUGAAGAGUACUCAAAGAACAUCACGGAACACAUAAAGAUGGUCUACUCCUUCCUUCAGCUCAGUCAGCCUUCAGAGGAUUUGUAUGAGGAGAUCGAGGACCUGGGGAGAACCCGUGUCACAAAGAAGAAGAAGAAAGCUCUGCCCAUGCUAGAAAGUACCAGGUUGAUCCUUGAUCAGUUUUAUGCCCCCUGCAAUCAGGAACUGGCUAGUCUGCUGGGUGACAAGAAGUUCUUGUGGGAGUGACUUCCUGGAUUAUUUUCAGUAAGCAAAAAAAACUAAUAUUUUGUGUUAGAGCUGGAAACACAUAUGGUCUUUAUAAUAAUAUAUGUUGAGGGUAGGGGUAGCCUAAUGGUUAAGCACUGCUCGUCACGCUGAAGACCUGGGUUUGAUUCCCCACAUGGGUACAAUGUGUGAAGCCCAUUUCUGGUGUUCCCCGCCAUGAUAUUGCUGGAAUAUUGCUAAAAGUGGCAAUAUGAUAUUUGGUUGUCAAAAGUAGCCAAAGGGAAGUGGAUGUAAGAUAUUCAUGGUGGUUAUUGUUAGUGUUUUGUUUAAUCAAUUGCCAGAUUUGAUUAUAAUCAGGUUAUGAGUGUGAUGAAAAUGCUAUUUCAUAAUCUAAUGUAGCCAAAGUAAACUGGAUAUAAUAUGAGAUUUUUCAUGCUGGUUAUUUUUAGUGUUUUGUUUAAAUGGUUGCAAAAUUUGAUUAUGAUCAGUCUCAUUAAACUCAAAUCUUUUAGUCGUAUGAAAUAUCUUUCAUGGUGACGAUCUUUCAGCCCUUCGAGGGAAAUUAUAUAGACCACUCUGAAUGCUUCACUGGGUUAUACCUGAAAUUACACACAGCAAUAUUCCGGCUAUUUGGUGGCAGUCUGUAAAUAAUCGAGUCUGGACCAGACAAUCCAGUGAUGUAACCAGGUCAGUGAGCAUGAGCGCCCGAACCCGUUAGUAGCCUCUUACGACAAGCAUGGAUUACUGAAGACCAGUUUUAACCCGGAUCUUCACAGGGUCAAUACUGAUAGGCUAAUUGGAGUGUUCACCUGACUGAUGAAACCGCAAAUAUAGCAUGUGUCAUGACGUCACUCAGAGAAGUUUAGUUCUGAAGUAAAAGUUUCAAUUAGAUUGUAUGAAGGAUUAUGUAAAAUUAAACUGUCUUUCACGAGUAGAUGAUGACUGAAAAAAGAACUAAAUGUGUGGAAUUUAUAUUCUGAUUUCAUUGUUUUCUGAUUACAUGAAAGUGGGCAUUGCAAAAACUGGGAUUUUGCUGACUGCAGGAGUCAGGUAAUUCAUAUUUCAAUCUAGGAACACAUUGUCUCAUGUCACUUACCAUGCAAUCUUUGGUUUGAUAAGAAACCGAUCUCCAGAUCAAAACCAUAUCAUCGUUACCAUAUUGGCAUCAUGAUCAGGAAUUCAAAGAAACAAGGGGAAGUUAUGUCUCGGAAAUAAAAUUUACAAAGUAACAAGUGAAAACUAUGUCUCGGAAAUAUAAUUCACUUUGUAUACUGAAAAUGUGUAUAAGCCAUUAGGCUUUUUUUAUGUUUUGUUUGUUUCUUAUAUACAAUCAUUCAUAACUUAUGACCUUCUAAAAAACUGAAAAAAGAAGCUGUGUACAUACGAUAUUGAACAACAAAUGACAACUGAAUUCGUUACCCAAAGUAAUUUCUAUAUAUUUCAUCCCUCUGAAUCUGAGCAUGGACAUGAGAAACACAAAAUGUUUUGGAUGGCCUUGGAGAGAGGUUUAUUGUGGGACUGAACCUGUAUUUAUUCUUUAGAUGGAUGCUGUAUGUGCUGAAUCAGUUUAUCAGUUUGAUUUAUGACUUGUGAUUACACAGUGUAUGAAAUAAGCCAAAAAUCCAGCCAGACAUCAGGGCUGGUAACUUCAAAAUGUUACCAGCCCAAAAUGGAUUUAACCAGACCAAACAUGGUGAAUUUACUCAGAUGUAUGGAACAUCUCAAAUUUUACCAGACUAUCAGGCUGGCUAGCUAGCUGUAAAUUUGGACCGUCCGUCAGAAAUCUAGACCGUCUCGGGUUGUUGGACGGGCCUUAUUUCAUACACUGGUUUACAUAUGGUGUGCCAUAUGUUUACAUGUGGAUCAUGUGAUUGGAUUGUGCCAAAUGCUUACACAUGAAACUGUUGAUAUAGUCACUGAUGUGUAUUUUACAGAGCCUUUUAUUCAGGAAUUUUAUACUGUUUUGCAGUUUUAGUAUUCCAUUAUGUCAAAAUUACGCGUUUCCACUCCACAAGUUUGCACCACAUACACAGUGGACUAUAUUUAUGAUGAGCAUACCUAUAAUGAACUGAUUGACAUUAUGAACUGUUUUGUUUGUCCUGAACACUUGAUGUCAGUUUCAGUUGAAAUGCGUUUAACGAAUUGUGGUUAAAAAUUCUAAAAAAGGGCAUUUUGAAGUUGGUGUAGUGAUGCAAGGCAAAUCUUAUGGAUAACAACUUAUUUGUUUCUCACGACGUUUCUGGACUAGUUCUUGCCCCUUCUUCAGAUGGAUAAUUAUAAUGAUGAACUGUGGUUAUUAUGAACUAUAAUUAGUGAUAUCUUUAUUCAUUGUGACUGUAAUUUACUGUAUAGGGUGCAAAAUAUAAUCAAAUGUAAUGUUCUGGAUGUUGCUGUUAAACUUCCUGUUACUGAGGUUGAUGGAUUUGCUUCAAAAAACAUGUCCACCGAGAACAUCUUUGAACAUUUCUUUCUGCCAAACUUUUAAACAAGCUAAUCUGUCAGUGUUUUAUAGCAUGAUUUCAAAAUUCAUAUGGGUACGAUAGUAUGGCACCAGUAUUGUCAACUGUUGUAUUUACUAAAUUCCCUUUCAAUGAUAGGGCCGCCGUGAUAUUGCUGGAAUAUUGCUAAAAGCAGCGUAAAACCAUACUCACUCACUCAAUGA